AUGGGUAAUUGGUGUUGCCGAUGUCUAUCAAGAAGGCGAAACUCUUCCCCAAACUGGAAGCCUGGUGGUGUAAACUCUCUUUCCUCCAAUCACCGUGAUGGUUCAACCCAAUGCUCUGCUUCCAUGCUUCAGGUUACUUAUCUCAAUGACCAAGUGCCCAAAAGGCAUAUUGACUCGUUUCAUGACAGUCAUUCCGUAGCUUCCCGUCAGUAUCUUGUUUCAGAUAGUCAAGCUAAUCAUAAGAAUCCAGUUUCUCUUGCA